CGUAAAGAGUAGUGAAGACUAUUAUAGCGAUGUUUCGCUUGUUUUGUAUAUUUAACGACAAUUUAAGUCAAUUGUCUUGUAAUUUAUGCGUUAAUGAGAGCCAAAGUGUGGCACAAAUGAGUGUUGAGACGACCGGUCACUGCAUUCGCGUCACAAUCGAUGGCAAAGACAUCGCAUUCAAAGUCACACCAAAUGACCGGCGGAUCACAUGUUUGGGACCAUUGACUGCAUUUCGAUGUCAUUAUAAUACCAAUCAUUGUCUCAACAUUUGGUUCACAACAUCCGCUCAAAUGGACAUACCGCCGAAGCGGAUAAUCCCGAAGACAUCGCUUCCCGUCAACAUUGAAAUAGUAAACGAGUUUUUUUGCCACAAUCACAGCCACGACUCGGAAGAUCCGGUCAAUGAUAUCCAUCAACGCAUCCACACGUUAAGCAUCAAUGAAGACAACACUAAUGAGACGCAAGACAUGACACGACCACCACUUCUAUCCACUUUGGAUCAAAUUAUGACAAUUAUUGACCAAAAAAUAGGCACAAAAUUUCUGUUUGAAAGCAACGAUAAA